GAAGUGACGCAAUUUCCAGCAGCAAUCACAACAACAACAGAACUCUCCAUGUCGUGUUGUUUCGAUACAGCGCUUCGCAAAAUACCCCCUUCUUAAUGUAAAAACGUUCUUUCCCUUCAAGCCCAGAUCGUGUUAUUUGUUCAUGGUCAGCGACAAUUUAUGACAUGACGGAUAUUAGGCUGGUUGAUACACUGUGGUGACAACCGGGCCAGAGUCUACAUGCAAUUGACCAUAUUGCACCUUGUUAGCCAGAGGUCUUAGAUAAUUGGGAAGACAAAUAUGGCUCAGCAAAGGGGAGUCAACAGUCUACAGUUCAACCAGGACCAGAGUUGUUUCUGCUGUUCCAUGGAGACUGGUGUUAGGAUUUAUAAUGUGGAACCCCUGAUGGAGAAAGGACAUCUGGAUCAUGAGCAGGUAGGCAGUGUGGCACACUGUUCAAUGUUGCACCGCUCCAACCUCCUGGCUGUUGUGGGAGGAGGCGUGAACCCCAAAUUCUCCGAAAUCUCUGUGCUGGUCUGGGAUGACGCUCGGGAGUCGCGGGACUCCAAGGAGAAGCUGGUCCUGGAGUUCACCUUCACCAAGCCAGUGCUGGCCGUCCACAUGAGACACGAUAAGAUAAUCAUCGUUCUGAAGAACAGGAUCUAUGUAUACAGUUUCCCUGACAACCCUGUAAAGCUGUUUGAGUUUGAUACCCGAGACAACCCCAAAGGGCUGUGCGAUCUGUGUCCCAGUCAGGAGAAACAGCUGCUGGUUUUCCCUGGACACAAGUGUGGCAGCCUGCAGCUUGUGGAUCUGUCAAAUACUAAACCGGGCACAUCCUCGGCUCCAUUCACCGUCAAUGCCCACCAGAGUGAAAUCGCCUGCCUGGCACUGAACCAGCCCGGGAGCGUGGUGGCGUCCGCCUCCCGUAAGGGCACCCUCAUCCGCUUGUUCGACACCACCACUCGUGACAAACUGGUGGAGCUACGGAGGGGCACUGAUCCUGCCACACUGUACUGCAUCAAUUUCAGUCAUGACUCGUCCUUCCUGUGUGCCUCCAGUGACAAGGGAACUGUGCACAUCUUUGCUCUGAAAGACACUAAACUGAACCGCCGCUCUGCCCUGGCUCGUGUCGGGAAGGUGGGGCCUGUGAUUGGCCAGUACGUGGACAGCCAGUGGUCCUUGGCUAGUUUCACGGUGCCAGCUGAGUGUGCCUGCAUUUGUGCCUUUGGAAAAAACACCUCCAAGAACGUGAACUCUGUCAUAGCUAUUUGCGUGGACGGGACAUUCCACAAGUAUGUGUUCACACCUGAUGGAAACUGCAAUCGAGAGGCUUUUGAUGUGUAUCUAGACAUCUGUGACGACGAUGACUUCUGAGGGCGGGGAGAGGAGGGAGAGUUGGGAGACCUGACCCGUCAUUCAGACUUUUAAGUAGUUGGGAGACCGUCUCAUUCGCUGAAAUGUGUAGAUAAUAGUGAGAGAGCUGGAAUGGAUGAGAAACCGAGAGAUUAGAUGGAAGAUGGGAUCGUUUGUGUGAUGUUGCACACAGGUGAUCAGAUUCUGUUUGCAAUCAGAUGUACUUAAACAAGUGUAUUGUGUGAAUAAAAUGUUUUUAAGCA